UCGUCUAUAAAAAGAAUGAAGAAAGAAGAGUGUAACACGAUAAGGGUGUAUCAACAUUCUUAGUUCUCAUUAAUCUCUCUUCAUUAUUUCCCAAACUAUGUCUCACAGUUUCACCAAUCCCUUGUUCUUAUUCUUGCCAAUGGAUUAUAUGUUCAUUUUUGGAAGUGUCAUAGCUUCUGGUUUGGUGUUUGUGCUUGUUCUGUACGGUUCUGCAUCAAACAAGAGAAAAUCCAGUGUUCCAAGUGCAACAACACAUGCACAAAGUAUAAAGACAUCAGAAAAUGGUACAUGGACUCCACCACAAGUCUCAGAAGGAUGUGAUGACAUCAUUAUUGUAGGUGCUGGUGUUGCUGGUGCAGCCCUUGCUUUCACUCUUGGAAAGGAUGGAAGACGAGUUCAUGUUAUCGAAAGGGACUUGAAUGAACAAGAGAGGAUUGUGGGUGAAUUGCUUCAACCUGGGGGAUAUCUUAAGCUGAUUGAGUUAGGACUUGAGGAUUGUGUGGAUGAAAUUGAUGCACAACAAGUCUUUGGCUAUGCCCUUUACAAAGAUGGGAAAAAUACCAAGCUCUCUUAUCCCUUGGAAAAGUUUAGUUCUGAUAUUUCCGGUAAAAGCUUUCACAAUGGCCGUUUCAUCCAAAGAAUGCGAGCGAAGGCUUCUUCUCUUCCCAAUGUAAAAUUAGAACAAGGAACUGUCACAUCUCUAUUAGAAGAAAAUGGAAUUGUCAAAGGAGUUCACUACAAAACUAAGAGUGGAGAAGAGCUUACAGCAAAGGCUCCUCUCACCAUAGUUUGUGAUGGUUGUUUUUCCAACUUAAGGCGUUCUCUUUGCAAUCCUAAGGUUGAUCUACCAUCUUAUUUUGUUGGUCUGAUCCUGGAGAAUUGUAAUCUUCCAUAUGCAAACCAUGGACAUGUUAUCUUAGGUGAUCCUUCACCAAUCUUGUUUUAUCCAAUCAGCAGCACUGAAAUUCGGUGUUUGGUGGAUGUGCCUGGCCAAAAACUACCUUCUCUUGGCAAUGGCGACAUGGCACGUUAUCUGAAAACAGUGGUGGCUCCUCAGGUGCCUUCAGAGCUGCAUGAUUCUUUUAUAGCAACAGUGGAAAAAGGGAACAUAAGAAGCAUGCCAAAUAGAAGCAUGCCUGCAUCUCCAUAUCCAACACCUGGUGCUCUUCUAAUGGGUGACGCAUUCAAUAUGCGUCACCCUUUAACAGGAGGGGGAAUGACUGUGGCUUUGUCUGACAUUGUUCUGCUAAGAGAUCUUCUUAGGCCUUUGCGCGAUCUCCAUGAUUCUACUGCUCUUUGCAAGUAUCUUGAAUCAUUCUACACUCUACGUAAGCCAGUGGCAUCAACCAUAAACACAUUGGCAGGUGCAUUGUACAAGGUGUUCUGCGCAUCACCUGAUCCGGCUAGGAAGGAAAUGAGGCAAGCAUGUUUUGAUUAUUUGAGCCUUGGAGGUGUGUUCUCUCAGGGACCAAUAGCUCUACUCUCUGGUCUCAAUCCUCGCCCAUUGAGCUUGGUUCUCCAUUUCUUUGCUGUCGCUAUAUAUGGCGUUGGCCGCUUGCUCGUGCCAUUUCCUUCGCCAACACGCAUGUGGAUUGGAGCUAGAUUGAUCUCUGGAGCAUCAGGUAUAAUCUUCCCUAUUAUCAAGGCUGAAGGAGUUAGACAAAUGUUCUUCCCAGUAACUGUGCCAGCAUACUACAGAACUCCCCCUGUUAAUUUGCAGAACUAAAUGAUACUUGCAAUAUGUUUGUUCCAGUGUAUAAAAGAAUAACAGAAUAUAAGUCAGUGUCCAACUUGUUUGCAAAGUGUAAUUAGUAUCUUGCCAAAAAUAAAUAAGACAUUGAUUUUGUGCAAUUUGUAUCAUAAAAUUUGAAGAAGUCAUUUUGAAUAUGGGACAAAACAAAGUUCCCAAACACAAAUCUUGUAAGAAUUAAUUGAUCUGUAUACAGUAUGAUUUAUUGACCUCUAUGCAUAUCAGUGAAUACAAGAGGCAAUAGUGAUGAUGGUAGUGCUGAAA